AUGGUCCAGAUCAAAUUGAUUCUUCUUUCAUCGGAAAAUCCCUUUGACGAUCUUUACCGACUUGCGAAUGGAAAAUCGAGAAACAGGGACUAUUACAGGAAGCAAGACGUUCAUGUGAAUGCUCCAAGAAGCCCGACCAUUUGCAAGGCCGUUGACGAUGCUGCCAGGGCCUCAGUCAAGAAAAUCGAGUACAAGAUUGACAAAGAUCUCAACCAUUACAAGUCGCUGACAGUUCGUGGCCACUAUGUCUGCGUCAACAGAUUUGCUGAGUCGGUUUUUGGAAUCUUCAAGAAAGCUGAACAAGACAAGGCAUCAGCCACAACUGAAACAGUGAUUCAGCUCACGAUCGCACGAAAAAAGAACCUCGAAUUCUACUUGGAUAACUUGUCCGACUCCAAGAUCAAAUCACUCUGCCAGAAAAUUGAUGGAAAGAAAGCCCUUCAAAACUACCGUUUGGCAAGAAUCGCAACUCAGCUCAAGCUACAAGAAUUCGCCGCGAAGCGCCGAGAAUCGAUUGCAAAGGAGAAAGCUGAAAAACAACUGAAUGUUGUAACCUGCUGA